AUGGCGGCCGUGCAGGGUGGUCUGGUCGACACAGAUGAAGAAAAAGACAUAAAAACAGAACCAUCAAACGACGGCUUUGGAAAUAACAAUGUAAACGACGCACGACUGCUCUCUACGUCCCCCGGGGCUACUGCUUCGGCUGCAGCUACCAAACCUGCGGUGGGAGCCUCGGAGGACCAGCAGACGCUACUCGCAGUCCUGCAAUUCCUGAGAAAGAACAAACUGACCGAGUCUGUCGAUAUAUUGCGUCGUGAAGCUGGAUUACCGGAGGAUUCAUUGGAUCUGAAGGGGGGUGAUUCCUUCGGGGCAGGCUCUGGAGGUGCAGCGGGAGGUGGGGACGCAGAUGGCGGGGAUGCAAACUCUCUUCUCAGCCGGGUGACCAUCUCAUCCACCGCCGUAGCUCAGGCGCCACCCAAAGCAGCUUCUGGGGAGGACCAGCCAGAUGUCAAUGUGGUUCUGUCAGCUUACAGCCAGCAGGGAGACCCACUUCUUUACAAGGUUUACUACAGUGGCUUGAAAAAGUUCAUAGAGACUGUUUUGGACUGUCACCGAGCAGAACUGUCCCAGGUGUUCUACCCACUGUUUGUCCACAUGUAUCUGGAGCUGGUGUACAACAACCACGAAAAUGAGGCCAAGAAUUUUUUUGAAAAGUUCAGUGGGGAUCAGGAGUGCUAUUAUAAAGACGACCUCAACAUUUUAUCCAGCCUAACAAAGAAGGAGCACAUGAGAGGCAAUGAGACGCUGUUGGAUUUUCGCACCAGCAAGUUUGUCCUGCGCAUCUCCCGUGACUCUUACCAGCUGCUUAAGAGGCACCUGCAGGAGCGUCAGAACAACCAGAUCUGGAAUAUCAUCCAGGAGCACCUCUACAUCGACAUCUUCGAUGGCAUGCCGCGCAGCAAGAGUCAGAUCGAUGCCAUGUCUGGCAGCUUGGCUGGAGAGGGCAAGAGAGAGGCCAAUAAGGCUAAGGUUUACUAUGGAUUGCUUAAGGAACCAGAAAUUGAACUGCCUCUUGACGAUGAGGAUGAAGAGGCAGAGAAUGAGGAGGGAAAACCCAAGAAGAAGAAACCAAAAAAGGACAGUAUGGGCUCCAAGAGCAAGAAGCAGGAUCCUAAUGCACCUUCACAGACUAGGAUCCCUCUUCCAGAACUGAAGGAUUCAGACAAGCUGGACAAGAUCAUGUACAUGAAAGAGUCCACCAAGAAGAUCCGCCUGGGACCAGAGUGUCUCCCCUCCAUCUGCUUCUACACUUUCCUCAAUGCGUACCAGGGUCUGACUGCAGUCGACUUCACAGACGACUCCAGUCUGGUAGCAGGAGGCUUCGCUGACUCCACGGUGCGAGUAUGGAGCGUCACACCUAAAAAGCUCCGCAAAGUCAAGUCUGCAGCAGACUUGAAUCUGAUUGACAAAGAGUCAGAUGAUGUGCUGGAGAGGAUCAUGGAUGAAAAGACAGCCAGCGAGUCUAAGAUCCUAUAUGGACACAGUGGCCCAGUGUAUGGCAUCAGCUUCAGCCCAGACAGAAACUACCUGUUGUCAAGUUCUGAGGAUGGUACAGUCAGGCUGUGGAGUCUCCAAACAUUUACAUGUCUGGUGGGAUACAAAGGCCACAACUACCCUGUAUGGGACACCCAGUUUUCACCUCAUGGGUACUAUUUUAUUUCUGGAGGACAUGACCGAGUCGCCCGUCUGUGGGCAACCGAUCACUACCAGCCUCUACGGAUGUUUGCCGGUCACCUAGCUGACAUCACUUGCACCCGCUUCCACCCCAACUCCAAUUAUGUGGCCACUGGGUCAUCUGACCGCACCAUCCGCCUCUGGGACGUCCUGACAGGAAACUGCGUGCGCAUCUUCACUGGUCACAAGGGUCCUAUCCACGCACUGGCUUUCUCUCCCAAUGGGAAGUUCUUGGCUUCAGGAGCGACUGAUGGCAGAGUUCUGCUGUGGGACAUCGGUCAUGGACUCAUGUUUGGAGAGCUCAAAGGUCACACGGAUACCAUCUACUCUCUCAGGUUCAGCAGGGACGGCGAGAUCCUCGCCUCAGGCUCUAUGGACAACACUGUUCGCCUGUGGGACGCCAUGAAAGCAUUUGAUGAUUUAGAGACUGAUGACUUCACAGCAGCUACAGGACACGUCCAUCUACAAGAGAACUCACAGGAGCUUUUGCUUGGCACCUACAUAAGUAAAUCCACGCCGGUCGUACAUCUUCACUUCACCAGGAGGAACCUGCUGUUAGCCGCUGGGGCCUACAAUCCAUAAAACUGAAUUAUGAGAAAAUAAUCUAUGGAAGCCUGAAAUGAAGUAAACAUCUGGUCCCUAAAGUCCAAGUGGGAGUCAAAUCAAACCGUUUUAUCAGGUUACCUCUGGUUAUCUAGCUGUGAAUGAAGAUUAUAGUUUAGCCAGCUUGUGACCCUCAGUCAAGCUGAUUUAUUGCAGAUAUCCCCCUCGCCUGAGAAAAGUGCCAUUGAUGUUUAAGGACCAUUUUGAAAAUCACUGCCAUGAAUACAGCUUUGCUCAACAUGUGGCUGACAUUUCUGUAUAAUAGUCUUUUAUACUGGUGUAAAUAAAUAAAGUGUUUUCUAUG